AUGCACUCCUUCACAAGCUUGGCAUUCAAGAAAGGCUUUUUCUUUUUAGCUAGUACCAGCUGCAACGCUGUAUCAAAUAUGGAGAAGCGUCAAAAAGAAGAUUCCAAAUUUUGGUCACCCACUUUGGCAUACUCAGAGGAGCAGGAUGACUCUCCAGCCAGCAAGCCAGAAGCUUUAGCCAGACUAACUCUUUCAGAAGAAGAGUAUGAUGAAAUUUCCCAGUCUAUUAAUGGGGUACUUUUCCCAGGAGGUGGUGUUAGUCUUAAGACUUCAGAAUAUUCUAGGGUUGCUAGGAUAUUUUACAAGAACGCACUAAAGACUAAUGAUAAAGGAGACUAUUUUCCUGUCUGGGGAACAUGUCUGGGACACCAAGAGCUUACAUAUCUCACCAGUGGGAAGAACUUACUGGUUAAACCGAAAACUGAGAAUAUUUCACUCCCAUUGAACUUUACCACAGCUGCAAAAGACAGCAGGAUGUUCCAGAAUUUUCCAGAUGACUUGUUGCAAAAACUUGCCACUGAGCCUUUGACGGCACACUUUCACAAGUGGAGUGUCUCCAUUAAGAAUUUCAGAAAGAAUGAGAAACUAACCAACUUCUAUAAGGUUCUGACAACUAACACAGAUGGAAAGAUAGAGUUUGCAUCCACAAUGGUGGCAUAUAAAUCCCCUAUUUAUGGUGUCCAGUGGCAUCCAGAAAAAAGUCCUUUUGAAUGGAAGAAUGUCUCAGGCAUACCACAUUCCCCAUCAGCUGUGAAAGUAACAUAUUAUAUAAUUAAUGAAGCCUGGAAGAGCCUGCACUGUUUUCCCAGUAAGAAUGAAGAGACCGAAACAUUGAUUUAUAAUUAUGCCCCUGUUUUUAGUAGUGCAUUUUCUAUAUUUCAGUAAAUCUAUUUUUUUGAUUGAACAUCCAUUCCAUGGGGCAGGGUAGCUAUCUGUAAAUAGAGUUAUUUGUUGCAAGUUUCAUAAUUAAACUCAUGUUGUGCAUUGCAAGUGGCAGAACACCAGAAUGCUUAGCUUACCUUACAGUGAUUUAUCUUAUGUUACCUCUGUAGAAUUGGUCCAUUAAUCUGACAAAUUUUCAUUCAGUGACAUAAUAAUUGCCCUAGAUCACAUUUUAAUAUCGCUUACAGGGAAAUACAUUUUACCUCCAGGGAUGGAAUCUUGAUUGUGCUUAUAAAUUAGAAAAGAAUCAGGUUUAUUAAUCAGUGCCAAAAAAAUGAACAAUGCUCUUGUCAUAUAUUUGAAAGAAAUAAGUUUAAUUCUUCAGAACACUAUGGGCUCUGUGAUAGCAUGUGUGUUGUUUAAUCAGAUCUUUUAGCAUAAUUCUGUUCUUUUGGAAAAUGUCCAGAAUUGAUAACUGAACUGAACCAGAGCCCCACAAUGCUUUAUGGCUUGACCAAAGGUGAAGCAGAAAACUAUUGUCUGAGAAGCUAUAGUGCCAUGUUACAGUGGUAGUUUCACCAAAUAAAGAAUGGAUUUGUAUUAAGGACUCUGAAAUCAAUUCUCACAGACAUAUUAACCCAAAUAUAUAUACUGCUUUAUUACUGUAAUUAUAUGGGUAAUUGGAUAAGGUGUGUUGUGUAACUAAAAUAAGAAAGUUGUUAACAAGAAACAAGGAAGGCAUAUCAUAUAUUUUUAGAAUGCUUUAUACUUGUGCUAAGUUUAGAACAGUGAACUAUACUCAUGUUCAGCUUAUUGUGGCAAUGUACUAGCAGUUAAACCCUUGCAGUCCCUGUUUUUGUACAUGUAGUUCUGUUCUUUGUAUGGGUAGAGUCUGUCAGAAAAUGAGAUGUACGUUCUGUUGAGGCUUGUGAAAUAAGCACCAUCUUCCAGGUACAGAUAGUUAUAUGAACUGGAUCUGUUUGGUACAGAUGUCUUUAUGUCUUGCAAAAUGGGUAUAAGACUAGAUGAGAAAAGAGAUAUAAGGCUUUGUUAAUACAGUGGAUUUGAGGAUUUUCUAUCUGUUGUAAACAAGUGGGGCAUAAAUAUAAGUCAAAGGGAGCUCAUACUUUGGGACAAACUGAAUGUUACAAGACUGCUCUCCAGACCGGUGAUGUAUUAACUUUCUGUAUUGUGCUGAUUUAUCUAUUUUUGAUUAAUAAACUGAUUGAGCCUAAGUAAUAUCUUAUCAAUAAAAGAAUUGAACUGAUUGGUAUCAACAGAAUGAAACACUGUUUUGAUCUUGAGCUUGACAGAGGUGUGGCUUUUGGCUGAGAAAAUGAUUUGUCCUUUAGAAACACGACAACAAAAAAUAGGGAAACAUUAUUGCAAACUGGCAUACAAAAGUGCAUGCAGUGCCAUUUGUGAAAUGGUAUCUGCUAUACAUUAGGCAUCUGUGUCUGGGGAGCCUAAACCUUCUAGAAUUUAUAUAAUAGUGAAGGUGCAGUAUAAUUUGGGGACUACAGACAUCAGUUAAUAUAAAUCCAUUUGGAGCGGAGAGUUUAAACAUUGAUUCACCUACUGCUCUCUCCUUCAAGUUCAGACUCACAUCUUUCUUAAGCACCUGAUCCAAAGCUCACUGAAGUCAGUGGACAGAUUUUGGCUCAGGCCCUGAAUUUAAAAAGAAUAUGACUGCCUAGUGUUCUCAAUAAUGAUAUUAUGUAUAAUUAGGCUUUUUCUGUAACUGUUGGGUGAAAUCCUGAUCCUUCCGAAAUUAAGGGGAGUUUUGCCAUUGACUUCACCAGGAUUUCACCCCUUGUUUUUAAACAUUUUGAUGUGAUGCCUUUCAGAAAAGUUACUAGCUGGGAUCCAUACUGCAGAGAUGAAUGACAAAGACCAAUCUUUUAAUGCUGAUAUGAUGUAAUGCUUGUAAUUGUUAGGCAGCUGCAUUUACUGUACUGUUUCCUUUUGCUUUGCCUUACAACACAUUACUUGAAUUGAAAUGAGUCUUCUUGAUUCUUGAAAAGUUUGUUCAGUAGUUUUGUGAUGUGUCAAAAUGGGAUAAAGUUGGGGCAAUCAAUUUCCUUUUCCUUUUCCCUCUACAGGCCCAAACCUCCCAUUGAAGUAAUUUUGUUAUGCUUUUGAAACUUUAUUGAUUUUAUAUAUAAUCUAAAUACAUAAUGAAACAAAAUAUGUAUAAAUAUGUGGACAAGGUGGAAAUACCAUAUAAAUAACAAAAUUCAGUGUUUAAUAUCUGCAAAACCUGGAGAAAACAAACCAAAAGCAAACACACACAAAACCUAGAUCCAUAGACUGGUCAUGCAGGGCAUCAAUCAUUAAGUGACUAAACAGCUAAAUAAGUGAGAACAUAACCUAUGGGCAUCAGAGACAAAUAUAUAGGAGGCAGUUUCUUUUUUAAUUUUCCUGGUUUCAGUGGCAGUUUUUUGUAGCUCAUUUUCCAAGUGAGCCACCUGGGAUUUAUAUCUGGGAUUUUAUAUCACAUACAUCCUGAGAGAGGCCACAAAUCCUUUUUGAGAUUGAGUCCGCUAGGACUUCUUUCAGUGCCGCCCUGUCCUGAGCUAGGUUCUGCUGUGGCUUCAGCUGCUUAGGCGAUUCUGGCUUAGGUCUUUUGUUGCCUCUCAUUUUUAAAUUGGGGAGGAUAGUCAACAAUUUGAAAUUUAUCCAGGGGAUUAAUUUAAACUCUCUAGGAAAGUAAAUAUUAGAGUAGGGCCGGGACUAGGCAGCCAACUUCCUCAUGGGUACAAUGUUCCACUGAAGUCAUUUUGUGUCAGUGAGGAGUUCAGGUUUUGAACCUAAGUCCUCCAGAAUUGAAAGUUAGUAACACACAGUACUUCCGGGCAACACGUCUGUAGCACAUGUGCUGCAUUUCUCAGGUCAUUCAAGAGGGUGGAAAACUCCUUACUCACUACUCAUGACCUCACAGCCACAUUGGCUUGCUACAAUUUAACCCUUAACAAAAAAUGACUGGAGAUGCAUUCAUUAAUAUUCCAUAAAGCAAAAAUUGCAUCUCUAACUACUGUCAAGAAUCCAGCCCAGUGCUCUCAGAAGCAUGGGUGUGGAUUGGCUGGUGAAGUCAAAUUCAGUGUUUGCAUUUCACUAUUUCUGGGUACUAUUACACUUAAACUCAGGAAAGCUUAGUUGAUGUGGGACAUUGUAGGUUACUUCUGCAAGUGCUUGACUACUUCAGUUUAGCACAAUGCAAUUCUGUGCUGUAUUAUAUAUCAACUAGUAGCCGAAAGUCUAUGCUAUCACACGGGUGUGAUUCACAAAAUCAUGUGGCUGAGAACUUAAAAAUUGGAUGGUAACAGACCAUGAAUCCCAGUGAUGAUUCAGCCUGGUGAUAUUCUCAACAAAAAGAGCUCUCAGCCAUGCUUGUAGCUGUUUCCAUUGCUUCACAUCGACUCACCAGACACUCUAAACUUCAGAGUGAUGCACAGAGUGACAAUUCUGGACUCCUAUAUAGAAUACUGUGAGCCUGGUUCUCUUCUUACCCCAGUUUUACAUUACUGUAGUAUAAUCCUGAUUUCAAUAAAAUUACUCCUGAGUUCUGAGAAUCAGGCCCUAUAUUUUCAUACAGGCACCAUAGCUGAACUACUUACACACUAAGGACAAAAUCCUACAGUUCUUACUCAGGUAAAACUCCUAGCAAUGUCUCUUAGGGCUUGUCUACAUGGCAGUGCAGUCCAGACUAAGGGGGUGUGAGCUGUAGAGCAUGCUAAUGUGUUGCAUUCUAACUGUCCCUUGUAGAUCCUACUGGUGCAAAUUAAAAGAUAUCUAGUUCACAUUAACAUAGUCCUGUUUGAAACAGGACUACAUCAAAGCAAACUAGGUACCUUUUUGGUUCAUGCUAGCAGGGUCUAUACAGGGCAGGUAGAGUGCAACACAUUACUGUGCUCUACAAUUUACUUGUACCAUAGUCCAGACUCUGCUGCUAUGUAGACAAGCCCUAAAAGUUUGCUCAUAUAAGGAAUGCAGGUUUUGGUCUAAAAUAGCAGGGACCCAUCCUGCAAGUGGAAUUCCUAUUAACUUUCAUCAUAAUAAUCCAGCCCAAAGUACGUGUGUGUGUGUAUUUAUUCAUGAGCAAGGAAAUAAAUCUUGCUGUUUUGUUCUGCUUUAUAAAGCAAUACUUCAUUGAACUGAUUAUAUUAAUGAUGUCCUUUAAUACUUGAAAUAAAAUCUACACAAUCA